AUGUCUCGAUUACAGGAAGCAUCUUUACAUAAAACGCUCGGAUCACAGAUUAUGCAACUCUUGGAAGGAAAAACAACAAAUUCAUCUUCCUAUUCCUUUCAAACUCAUCAAGUUAAUUAUGUAUAUGGAUUGGAUAAGAUUAAAUCAAUGGUUCCGAAUGUAAUUAUAAACAAAAAGUAUGACAAUCAACAACAGAUGAAUGGAAUGAGCAAAUUACAAAUUGAAAAGGAAGAAGUUUUUGCCAAGCCGGAAGUGAUGAACAUUCUCGAUGAUAUUUUCAAUGUAAAACUUCAAGGAAAAUACAAUAAUAAUAUAACAGAAUAUGUUGCCCAGGAGGAGAAACAUUCGUUGGGAGAAAAGAAACAAGUUGAUGUGGAAGUAAAGCUGUUCGAUGAUGAGGAUGAGGAACUAGUUGAUAAACCUGCAAUUUAUGAUGAAAAUCAAAAGGAAGUGAAAAUUAAAUUAUUUGAUGAUAUUGAUGAUGACGAUGAUGUUCCAUUCAAGGAUCAACUAAAGGAGAGACAAGUGCAAAAGGAAAAGUCAGGACACAAGAGAAAGAGAAAGGAAAAGAAAUUUUCCUUCUUGGAAGAUUCUGAUGAUGAGGAUGAGGAACAUGAUAAAUCCAUUGCAUUGAAUGAUGAGGAUGAGGAAAGUGAUGAGGAUGAAGAUUUACUCAAGAAUAAGGCUGCAGAGACUCACAACUUUAUCAGCUCUACAAAGGUCAAGAAAUCUGAAAAACCAAACAAGGUAGCCAAGAGACAUAAGGAACAAAAUGAUAGAAAGCGUUUAUACUCAGACUUUAAUAAUGGUGUAUUGUUGAUCUAUUAUUUAAUGUUUCCAGUCAUGUAUCCGAUCGUUACACUUGCAGUACCAUCCAUUGUUUUGUAUCCAAUAUUUGCAUUCUAUGAAACUUAUGCUCUUUACAUUUCGGAAAAUUCUACAGGUUUUUGGAGUAUGAUGAUUUCAUUGACAGUCACCUUCUUGUCCAUGUUGGCCAUGUCAAUUAGAGCUUUCAUUGUGUGGGAUGACAAGAUUGGAAGAAGCUAUCGUAAUAGUAAUGUAGAUAUCUUCUCUGAUUGGGGUGAAUUCCAAAUACGUUUGCCUAAACAUUUAUUUUCUAUUGUAAUGUUGGUAAAUCCUGUCAGAUUCAUAUACUUUUUAAAACAAGGAUACAAAUCUCAAACAUUAUCUGCAUUUACUGAUUUAAUGGCUGAUUAUACUGUUAAAGCAGUGUUAGAUUAUUUAUGCUUGCCAUUUUGU